GCAGCCCUGGCUGGGAUGUGAGUGUAUGCAGGCGGUGUGCUGCUGUGACUCGUUUCCCUUGUGCAGCUGAGUCCCGACCACCAGCCCGGAGGAAAUCCGUGUAAAGCGCAAGAGACCUCCCUAUACUAUUCCUAUACCGCGGAUAUAACACGCAGUCCUUGUCACAGCCGCAGCGAUGCUGCCCCAUAUAACGCUGCUGCUCCUGGCCAUUGGAACCCAGGCUGUAGAGGUGCCUGCAGAUGGAAACGCUGGCUUGUUGGCAGAGCCACAGAUUGCUAUGUUCUGUGGAAAACUCAAUAUGCACAUGAAUGUUCAGAAUGGAAAAUGGGAAUAUGAUGCAACUGGGACCAAGAGUUGCAUUGGAUCCAAGGAAGGCAUCCUUCAAUACUGCCAAGAGGUUUAUCCAGAGCUUCAGAUCACCAAUGUAGUUGAAGCUAACCAACCAGUAACAAUCCAGAACUGGUGCAAGAGAGGCCGUAAACAGUGCAAGAGCCACACCCACAUCGUGGUUCCAUACAGAUGUUUGGUGGGAGAAUUUGUUAGUGAUGCCCUGCUUGUUCCUGAUAAGUGCAAGUUCCUACACCAGGAAAGGAUGGAUAUCUGCGAGUCUCACCUACACUGGCAUACUGUAGCUAAAGAGUCUUGCGGCGAGAAGAGUAUGAAUCUUCACGAUUACGGAAUGCUGCUGCCUUGUGGAAUUGACAGGUUCCGGGGAGUGGAGUUCGUUUGUUGUCCAGCAGCAGAUGAAAGUGACAGCUUUGAUUCGGCUGAUGCAGAAGAUGAUUCAGACGUCUGGUGGGGCGGUGCAGAUGCAGAUUAUGCAGAUAGGAGUGAUGACAAAGUUGUAGAAGAACAGCCGGAAGACGAGGAAGAAGUUGUUCUAGCGGAAGAAGAUGAGGUUGAUGAUGAUGAAGAUGAUGGCGAUGAAGUUGAGCAGGAAGUUGAUGAGCCAUUUGAGGAAGCCACUGAAAAAACCACAAGUAUUGCCACAACUACCACAACAACCACAGAAUCUGUGGAAGAGGUUGUACGAGAGGUGUGCUCUGAACAAGCUGAGACUGGCCCAUGUCGAGCAAUGAUUCCCCGCUGGUUCUAUGAUGUGACCGAAAGGAAAUGCACACAGUUCACUUACGGAGGCUGUGGUGGAAACCGAAACAACUUUGACUCUGAGGAAUACUGCUUGGCAGUCUGUGGCAGCGUCAUUCCCACCACUGCCGCAAGCACUCCUGAUGCCGUUGACAAAUAUUUGGAGAACCCUAAUGAUGAAAAUGAACAUGACCGCUUCCAGAAAGCAAAGGAGAGGCUUGAAGGAAAACAUAGAGAGAGGAUGUCUGAGGUAAUGAAGGAAUGGGAGGAGGCAGAGCGUCAGGCAAAGAAUCUUCCCAAGGCUGAUAAGAAAGCAGUCAUUCAGCGUUUCCAAGAGAAAGUUGAAUCACUGGAACAAGAAGCUGCAAAUGAAAGACAGCAGUUGGUCGAGACUCACAUGGCCAGAGUAGAAGCCACGUUAAUAGAUCGUCGACGGAUUGCACUAGGAAAUUACAUCACUGCACUGCAGGCAGACCCCCCAAGGCCCCACCAUGUCUACAACAUGCUUAGGAAGUAUGUACGUGCUGAGCAGAAGGACAGACAACACACACUAAAACACUUUGAGCACGUCCGCAUGGUAGAUCCAAAGAAAGCUGCUCAAAUCCGAUCUCAGGUUAUGACUCACCUGCGUGUUAUUAAUGAAAGAAUGAACCAGAGCUUUUCUCUUCUUUACAAAGUUCCAGCAGUUGCUGAAGAAAUCCAAGAUGAAGUUGAUGAACUAUUACAAAAGGAACAGAACUACUCAGAUGAUGUAUUGUCAAACUUGGCAAGUGAACCCAGAAUCAGCUAUGGAAACGAUGCCCUUAUGCCUUCAUUGACUGAGACUAAGACAACAGUGGAACUGCUUCCAGAGGAUGGCGAUUUCAAUGUAGAGGACCUCCAGCCAUGGCACCCAUUUAAUGUAGACUCUGUACCAGCAAACACUGAGAAUGAAGUUGAACCAGUUGAUGCGCGCCCGGCUGCAGACAGAGGACUGACUACACGGCCAGGGUCUGGGCUGACUAACAUCAAACCAGAGGAAAUAUCUGAAGUAAAGAUCGAUACAGAGUACAGACAUGAUACUGGAUAUGAAGUGCACCCACAGAAAUUGGUAUUCUUUGCAGAGGAUGUGGGCUCAAACAAAGGAGCCAUCAUUGGCCUAAUGGUUGGAGGUGUUGUCAUAGCAACAGUAAUCGUAAUCACUUUAGUGAUGUUGAAGAAGAAGCAGUACACAUCUAUUCAUCAUGGUGUGGUUGAGGUCGAUGCUGCAGUUACCCCUGAGGAGCGGCACCUCACAAAGAUGCAACAGAACGGUUAUGAAAACCCCACAUAUAAAUUCUUUGAACAAAUGCAGAAUUAGAGCACCGCAGGAGCCUAUUGAUUCGGACAGCAAAUGAUUGCUUCUCUGCCCAUCGGUGUUCAACUAUAUACAUAUAUAAAUAUAGAAAAAUAAAAAAAUGAUCAUGUUGAGAGAAUAACGAACAAACACACACAAAACAAAAAUUACCAAUCUGUUUUAUUUACUCAUUUCUGCCUUUUUGACAGCUGUGCUGUAACACAAGUAAAAUGCUUGAACUAUAAUUAAUAAGGAAAAAAAAAAAUCAGUAAUGUAUUCUCUAAACAUUUCAGACUUUUCACAUAACAUUAUCAAUGAAUGUUUUUUGUGUAUUGUAAAGAAUUAACUAGUGCAUGCAUAGCUUUCCCUCUCUCUUGAUAAUUUAUCAUGUAGUUCCUUAACCAGUUGUAUAUUAUUCUUGUGAUUUGUGAUGAAAACAAAUUAAGUCCUGAUUGAAAAAUGCUUUUAAAUCUGACUGGGAUGCAUUUUUGUGUAUGUGAGGUUUUGAUGCUUUCCCUAUGCUGAUAUAUAUAUAUAUAUAUUUUUUUUUUUUCAUACCACCGCUAUGCAUUUAAAAGUAAAUCUGGAUUUUUUUAUUUGAAGUAUUCCAUACAAUUUAUUGAGAUUUUUUCUCUACUGUGUAAAUGUACAGAUUGUUCUGCUGUGUUAGUGAUGUAGAAAAUCAUGGGAAUACACAUCUGUUUUCUUUGUGCCUGUUUUAUGUGCACACUUUAGGAAUUGCAAAAUUAAAUUAAAAAAUAAAAAAUAUAUAUACAUUUUUUUUUUCUUUUCCAUGUACCUUUAUGAGCUUUACCUUUACGUCUGUGCUGGAUGUGUCUGCGACACAAUGUUUUGCAGUAGCUUCCAGUUUUAAAACGGGGUUGUGUGUGUCUCUGAUAAUUCUUAGCACUUUUUUUAGGAGAAAAAAAGUGCCCUGCUGGUCUAAAAUUAGCAGAGAUUCCUUACAAAAUUAAAACUUUCUGCUGGAUGAUUGUACAGAAUCAUUGCUUAUGAACUAAUAGCUUUCUACACUGUGUUACAUAAAUAAAUUUAAAACAAAAUCAGAACCCA